ACUCUCUCACACGCACACACACACACACACACACACACACACACACACACACACACACACACACACCCACACACACACACACACCACCACUACCACACCAUAAUCAUGCACGAUGACUGAACUUUUACAAGUCAAAAACAACGCACAUAAUGAUGAUAUUAAAGCAUCCCCUUUAAAAUGGAUUAGGUUAAGUUUGUGUCAUUAUUAUUUUGUACAAACAAGAGUAUUUCACAUGUUCUCAUUUAUUCUAAUUAAUUUAGGACUGUUUUUAUUCCUACCGCUUUGCAUCGGUGGUCGACUUUACAAUCUGGCAGUCUUGCAUCGAUUGCUUUUGCCUGGUGGUUCCUGUGUUUGGAGUUGAGAAAACAUGGCGGCUCCCUCGUGUGACUCGCAGCUCGCCGCUGUCAAAAAGCCAACAGUGCGAGGGCCCCGUCGCGUGGUCAAUCAAAUUCCUGAUGAAAUCAUCAACGAUCCCGAUUUACAGGAGGCCAUGAAAGCAUUACCUGCAAACUACAACUUUGAGAUCCCAAAGACUGUGUGGAGAGUGAGACAAGCAAAGGCUACAAGAGUGGCUCUACAGCUUCCGGAGGGCCUGCAGAUGUUUGCCUGUGCCAUCGCCGACAUUAUCGAGAGGUUCACGGAAGCAGACACCAUCGUGAUGGGGGACGUGACAUAUGGGGCCUGUUGCGUAGACGACUUCACCGCCCGGGCCUUGGGAGCCGACUUCAUGGUGCACUAUGGCCACAGCUGUCUCGUGCCCAUAGACUCUACCGCCGGUAUUAAGAUGCUCUACGUGUUUGUGGACAUCCAGAUGGACAAUGCACACUUCCUGGACACGGUCAAGUUGAACUUCCCCCCUGGACAGUUUCUGGCGAUUGUCAGCACCAUUCAGUUUGUGGCUGCACUACAGGCUGUGAGUGCAGCCCUCAAAUCAGACUAUGAUGUUCUGGUCCCGCAGUGUCGACCUCUGUCACCGGGAGAAAUUUUGGGCUGCACCUCUCCUCGUUUGGACCGCAAUGUCAACGCCAUAAUUUAUCUGGGAGAUGGACGAUUUCACCUCGAGUCAAUCAUGAUUGCAAAUCCGGAUAUCCCUGCCUACAGAUACGAUCCCUAUAGUAAGGUCUUCUCCAGGGAGUACUAUGACCAUGAGGCCAUGCGUGCCUUCAGGAUAAAGGCCAUCGACGAGGCUCGCUCAGCCCAGAAAUGGGGCCUCAUUUUGAGCACACUGGGUCGUCAGGGAAGCCCGAAAGUUAUGGAACACCUGGAAUCAAGGCUGCAAUCGCUGGGCAAGCACUUCACUCGAGUUCUUUUGUCCGAGAUUUUCCCCAGCAAGUUGGAUCUGCUGCCUGAUGUCGACGCAUGGGUCCAGAUUGCUUGUCCUCGGCUGUCCAUUGAUUGGGGCUCGGCCUUCUCCAAACCCCUGUUGUCUCCCUAUGAGGCAGCAGUGGCUCUCCAGGAGAGCGAAUGGAAGGAGGUCUACCCCAUGGACUUCUACUCCAAUCAGAGCCUGGGGCCUUGGACCCCCAACCACAAGGACAACCAGCCUGUGCGGGCUCCUGGCACACAGGCUCAGAAACCAAGCUCCCAGCCCAACCAGAAGUGUAACCCGACGCAGUGCGCUCCCUGUGGGUGCCAAGGGGAAUGACCACAGUCAUACUAUAUUUCUUCUCAAGGCUGAUUGGAUCACAGUUUAGUGCAGACAAAAAAAAACAAAGAGCAUACCUGCCAUAAAGUAUCCUUCAUUGCUUACAGAAAAUAGAUCAAACAUUGCUCUGCCUCACUUUUUGUUUCUGAAUAUAUUCCAAAACGCAGGCACAGAGAGCUCCCAAUGCAGAGCUCAUGCAUGUUUAUGAAUGCAUGAAUCACAUCCCUGUGAAGAAGCUGCUAGGUUUCUGCCUCUGCAGCUCCUCCUGUAAAGGAGACACAUCUUUUGGGAUUGUGAGACAGAGAGACAAUGACCAAGAGUCAGGUUAUGUGGGUGACGUUUUUUGGAAUACAAUGCAACCUCCUUGACCUUGAAUAAAAGGUUGUAUGUUGCAGCACGCUUGUUCACACUAUGCUUCACACAAACCCACACCGCCUUGUGGUAUCUGCUCUAUGGGAUGAAGCACCUUAUUUAUUUACAUUCUGCAAAAGGAUUAAGCACAAGAUUACUGUGAUUAUUUGUGUUAUGUCCAAUCGCCUCACAAUAAAUGAAAAAAAAAUCAAUUACUGUUUGAUUUGUGCACCAAAUGCAAGGCUAGAGGGAGAAUGCCACGUGAGUCACGACUGCUCUCUGUCCUCAUUAUUUAUUGAUGGGGGAUUCUGUCAAUAAAUAAAUAUAUAAACAUGCAUUUGCUGCAACAGAAGAAAGCCGACUGACAGGAGCCCGACGAGGCGUCCUCUCUGUACAACCUGAGAACUUGUGAGCUUUGCACAUUUCUCUCUAGCGGGCAGGGCUUUAGUGUUUAUGCUGAAACUUUCUCUAGUUUUCCUGGUGUCUCCUUGGCAACAGGGUGCCGCAGACGUCCAUCUCUUUGCCAUGUGCCUCACGUCGAGGCUACAGGUGCAGGAAUAAGAAUACAUUAAUGGCCCGUCACACUGUUUGUUUUGAUUUGUGCAUCAGGGGACAGUGGGAACGUUUAAUAAAUUGGCUUCCCUUCCCAAAGCAUGGCACUUUUAAUUUCAUAGCUGGAGGAAUUGUUUGGCUUUAAAUAAUACAAACUCAGAGAGACUCAAGAGAAAAUCACAAAUUGGGAUUUUUUUGAUGACUAAACAAAAUUUUUGAAUGAGGAAAAACAUCAAACAUUAUUACUUUUGAUACCAAAUACCAAAGGAAAGUUCACUUAAUGAACCGUAAGGGCAUGCAUAAAAGCCAACUGCAGCUUAGCUUUUGUUCCUGAGUUUCUUUGUCUGCACCACUUUUUAGACCGAGGUGGACAGGUUUGUCAUCUGGACGACUCAUGCCUACCAAAACUAGUUCUCUACGGUGAACUAAGAUUUGAGAAGCGGCUGCAGGGUGGUCAAAGACUCAGUUAUAAAGACUGCAUCGAAAGGGACUUGAAGGCGAUGAAGAUCAAUCCAUCAUUCUGAGUGGCGUGGGAAGCAGGGAAUAUAAACUCAUCAGAUAAAUAAAUUAAUAUUACAGGUUCUCAGUAGUAGUUUAAUUUCUAAAUAACUACAUCAAAUUUUGUGUAAAGGGAUAACAAUUUUGGAAAUAUGGGCCAUUAUUUGAUUAAAAAAAUAAUGUGCAGUUAGUGGUCCCCCAGUUUCUGCAUGUUUAAUGCAGGCGGAAAUGUGUCCCACCUCCUUCGACGGUCCUUGAACACACCUAACUUUCUCCCAUGUCGCAAAGAUAGACUACUAUACUAUAUUUUCCCCUUUUUCUUUCACCUCAUAUUUGGUCAAAAAUGCUGAUACUAUGUGGGAAUGCAUAAAGGUAAGAUUUGAUGACCUUAUUGAGUGCUAAUGUGCACCUCUGAAAAACAAACUCCAGGCUCGCACUGGUGGACGGUGGGUCCGUAUUCAUUUAGUGCUUUUAAUUUUGCUGUUCCUGUCAUUGUUUUACACAAUACAUAAUAAGAUAAAUCAGAUUGCAAUAUUGUACGUUUGUUAUGCUGAUGUGUUGAAAAUCUUCCCCGGUGGCUAGCUUGCGCGCUGCUAAUGCUAUUGGUAGUCAUGUCGGUCAUGUCAUAAUGACACAAGCCCCCAAAUAGCUGUCCUCGGCAAUGCCUGUCGGUAACUAGCAGUUUGUAAUGCAAAUUUUAGCUAGCAGCUCAAAUAAAAAAAUCAGCCGAGAGACGGCUCGCAUCUUUAAAAAAAAAAAAAAAAAAACUCACUCGUAUGCCAAGGUUCCACUGUAUAAAUGACAAUUUAGAAAAUACCGGGGGUGCUCCAGUACCUUCUCACUUCUCUGUGGCAGUCGAAGUAGUCACUGACAACUCACUGACCACUCAACAGUACAUAGUAAUGACUUAGGUCUUGUUGAUAGAGCCAUCUGCCAGGGCUUUGAAGCUAAACUUACCAUUCAAUUUACUCUUUUCUUUGUCCAUUUCUGCUAAAUAUUUAUUCCCACUUGUGGCAUACACGUUGACACGUUAACUUUAACACACCUAUAUACAGUACAUAUACAAUCAUAAUUUGUUGAAUGCUGUAGCAUACUGUGAUAAUAGUUAUUUUGUAAACAAAAUUUGUGUAAACAAAACAUGAGAAUUUGACAUUUAGAUGCUGCUGUAAACUUAAACCAAUGUGUGUUCAGCUGCUUCGCCAUGUGUGACCACUAGGUGUCAUUGUUGUAAUAGCUAAUUUAUAGUUACUGUAAGAGGCACAGUCACACCUUUCUGUCAGGAGUAGCCCUGCUGACAGGCAAGAUACUGUAGACCAGGGGUCACCAACGUUUUCCCUUGUGAGAGCUACUUUUACAAAAUGAAAAUGGCCAAGAGCUGCUCAUUUUUGUAACAUUUAUUUUCAGAGCUUAUUUUAAACCCAAACAAAGCGAAUAUGCUUGUUUUACCAAAACAUUCACAAAAUGCUGGUGUCCACAACUCACAUUUUGUAUUUCAGGAUGCAUUUCUUUCUACUGUUCUUUCCUUAUUAACUGAAAACCUGAAUGAAAAGCAGGCUUGCGGGCACCUCAUGUGGUCGUGGGGGGCUACCUGGUGCCCGUGGGCACCACGUUGGUGACCCCUGGUCUAUAGCCACCAAGUAACGUUAUCUUAUUUGAUCAUUUACAUUCGUUAAUGUGGUGUAACAAAUCAGAGGUUUUAUAAUGUAUAAUAUCAUGUAUAAUAUCAUGUAUAAUUGUUCUUAAGCGUCACUAUUAGCUCACUUGCCACACCCCAGAGACCCCUAUCCACCUGACUACAGCGGCCUUUGAGGGGUGAAAAUAUCUCGUAAUGAGACAGCAAUGAUAUGUACAAUACAUAUCAUAGCACUGUGCUGUAUAAAUGAUUCAGAAGAAGACGCAAAAGAAAAGAGCAAGAGACAUAUUGCUGCAUGCUUUGAAUGGGCAAAAUGCAGCGUCAUCUUGUGGACAGAUAAAAUAAAAAAUAAUUGAAAACCACUAGACCAAAUUGAAAUCUUAACGUGAAUGAUUGCAUUAUGUGAAGAGAUUUUUUUAAAUUGCGUUUUCAGUGGAGAUGCAGUACAGAAAAUGGAUGGAUGGAUGGUGUUUUCAAUGGGAUAGUCUUUGUCAUUAGGAACAAAUGUAUCAUUUUUGUACAGCUUUGCCAUUUUAGGCAAAUUCAAAAAUAAGUCAUUCUAAAAUAUGUAAAAUAUGAGAAUCCUCUAGCAAUCAUUUGCAUGUUUAUUCAGUUUCUUGUUCAUUUUAAUGUGUGGUACAACUAAAGGAACACCUGUUUGGACAAAUACACUGAUAAUAAAAAUAGCUCAUAAAGGUAACAUUUUUUGGCGGUACAAUGCCACAGCUAUUGCCAUAAGAACUUAAGUGGUUUUGGUGGCUAGAUAUCAGCUUUUAAAUUAAAACUCCUAGUUUUACUGUCAUUUUUUCCAUCACUGUGUACUCUUUGAACACAGACAAAAUUAUUUUAAAACAAACCAAAUAACACAAAUGCCCCUAAAUACAUGUCUUAAGUUAAACAUUGAUCGUUUUAAUGUGCUGCAAAGUUUAUACAACUACUGCCCACGACUCCGAGCGUUAGUAUUACCAUGCUAGGGUUCUAGAAGACCUGUUCAAAUACUUAAUUACUUAUUAUUGCCUCCUGUCACUUGAAGUUGUUGGCAGGCCAAACGCUGUGUGUAAAUGUUUAUAUAACAGUCGUUCUCAAUGCUACUUGGAUUUAGUCUGGUUCAUGACAGGGCAAUUAGCAGCCUCAUUGCUGCAGAGCCACAGGGGGAAAACCAAUAAAUAAUGAUGUGUGUGUGUGUGUGUGUGUGUGUGUGUCGUGAAGGAAGCUUGAAUAAGUCUUGAGUGCAAAACAAAUAAGUGGUGUAAAAGAGAUGACUAAUUCUGCGUGGGAGCCCAGCAUGUCCGUGAUGCUUUGGACUGAGACGUGCACAUACACCGCACUGGGCCGCUGUACAUUACACUCCCCCUAACUGCCCACUCAGGCCUGCCCACUGUCCCUAAGUUCCCUCUCUGCGACCCGCUUGGAGAGUUGAAAAAUAUCCCUAUUAUUCUAUUUACAUGAAUAUAAGAACAGCUCCCCUCCCAAAGACCAGGAAGCCAUUCGAGUGUAGGUUAUUGUCGUCUGUGUACCUUGUGACUCUCAAUGAACCACAGUGGCUUUUUAUUGACAAUGCUGAUUUAGAAGAACUUUCAUUAGGUCGCUGAGUCAUUGUUAAAAAGGCUGAGGGGGGGAAACAAACAACAGAGCGAGGAGGAAAUGUGACUCAUUGGUGAGUAAUGGACGCUUUGCCUCUGCCCACAAUACACUGCAAGUGUAAUUCUGGAGGAUAGAAACGUAUGCGUCAUACCACCAGAUCCUGUUCCUUAUAUACUUUGCCAUGUGCGUAUCAUGCAGAGUCAAUGCGAGAGCUUCAGACAUUCAAUUGUGCUCACAUGUUCAAUAUUGUUGGUGUUAGAGCUGCACUGCAUUAUACUGUAUUCUUGUGUUUGGUCAAAAUACGAAAACGUCUCUCAGGAGUGAUGGUGUUAGUAAUAUUUUGAUCCUCUCUUGCGCAGGUGCAUCGCACGAGAAUAUGGUGCAAAAUGUAUUUGAUUUCAACGUUUGCAGAUUAGAGCAUGAACCAGGAGUUUACAAUAGUGAACUUAAUUUUCUGAGAUGCUGAAUUUGGGUUUUUUUAUUAGCUGCAAACAGUAAUAAAAUGAUUAAGAAAUACAUUCUUGAAACAUUCACUCUUUGUUGUGAAGUUAUAGAAUAUAAGAAUUUCACUUUUUGAAUUGAACGACAAAAAUUUACUUUUCAUGUUUCAUGAACUUUUCAAAGAUAUCCAAAUGUGUUGCACAUGAACCUGAAUAAUGUCAUAACGUGCAGUUCUACACUACUGCCAAUAGAAAUACAGUCAAACCUGUCGUAGCGGCCACCUUUAUAGAACGGCCACCUGCCUAUAGCGGCCACUUUUGCAGACUCCCUCUAGUGGCCGCUAUAGACAAGACCCAAUUAUUAAACAGUAUUUCGCUCUUAUUUCCAACUCUAAACAACAUUAUCUCCAAAGCUUACUUAUUCCUGUGGAUCACAUCUAACCAACCAGCAAGCUCAGUUCAGAGUUUUUGGAUCCUGUUUUUGGAUCCUGUGAUAUAGAGCGUUGUUAUGACCCUGGGUAACAUAACAUAUUUAAUGAGGGCACAGGAGGCGGGGAAAUCAAGUCACCCAAAGUUAUUAAUGAAUAAACUAAAAAGAAGAAAGCAAACCCUCCCAUACCCAAAGAAGUCCUGAUGUGCCAGCCCAAACAAACGAAAGGACACUGAGGUGAACAGGCCAACCCCAUAUAGGGUUGUCGUCCUGUCACCUUACUGCUACCCCGGAAUAAGAAAAAACAACUAAAACCAUGAACAAAAUAGCCCAAAAACCAUACAGCCGGUCACACCAGGACAAACAAACUACUGUAAAAACUAACGGAAUAAAAACCCAGGAUCCUGCUCAGCAUCACACCAGCAGCCAGCGAGAAGCAUCUGAAUGACCCUGAAGCAUGAGGAGGAGGUAGAGACGAGCCUGCAGCGGACAAAGGCAGCACGAUCAGAGCAAGGAGCAGAGAGCGAGCAAAGCCUACCUGCACACAUUUGUAUGCUCCAGAGAGGGUGGGGUCGAUCAGCUGCUUCCUGCAAAAAAUACAACCAAUAAGAUCAAGCAGUGCUCAAACAUAAAACCCCCACCCAAAGACACUGAAUAGGAUAGAUAAAAAUCCAAACCAUUUGUCCAUCCGACUGACUGGCGACCAGUCCAGGAUGUACCCGGCCUCUUGCCCAAAGUCAGCUGGGAUCGGCUCCAGCAUACCCACGACCCUAGUGAGGACAAGUGGUACAAAAAAUGGCUGGAUGGAAGGGACAGGUGUUCUCUGGUGUAAGAAACACUCUACCUCCAGCCAAAUCAUUCCCCAUGAUCACUGAUAUGCCCUUUAUUGGGAACCCAGGACGCACGCCAACAAUAGACCACACGUCUGACUGUACCACAGUGUUGUGUAAAGGAACACCAAUGUCCUGUAAAUUGAAACCAAGCACAGGAACGUGAGUGCCAACAGCAGUCUGAUUAUUUAAGGGCAAAACCCCCUCAAUAAUGAACAACUGCGAUGCUGCGGUAUCACGCAAUAGCUUCACAGAUCACCACCAUCACUUGCCACCGACACAAAUCCGUCCGUAACAAAAGGCUUUAAAUCAGCAGAAUCACAGGCCUUCUUUGGCACAGGUCAAUGAUCAUGAUUCACUUUUAAUUAAAGCAACAGAUUUGGCAUUAUUGCGUUAUUAAUGCAAUUAACUAUAUCAUGCAUUAUUGCAUUUUUUGUGACUGCUGGAGAUAAAGGAUGAGAUGAAAUAGAUCCUGGACUUUAGCCUAGCCUGGAGCAGCCUUGCUCCACAGAAUAAAUCUCCAUGGUAACUUAUGUCAUAAUGUAUCCCACGGUCCACUAUCCCACUUUUGUGCAGAUAAAUUGAGCCAGGGUAACCAAGAUAUCCCGGAUUAAUCCCUUAUCUUAGUUUUGUGCAACAGGCCCAGUACAGCCGGUCACUCCAGGACAAACAAGAAACUAAAAACGAACUAAAUUAAAACCCAGGAUGCUGCUCAGCGUCACAGCAGCUGCCUGCGAGAAGCAGCUGAAUGACCCUGGAGCGUGACGAGGAAGUGGCGACGAGCCUGCAGCACGAUCAGAGCAGGGAGUGAGCAAAGCACACCUGCACACAUUUACUGGAUAUGCUCCGGGGAAGGCGGGCAAAUUGGCUGCUUCCUGCAAAAAAUACAAACUCGAAAAGAUCAAACACGUAAAAAACACCAAAAAAAACAGUGCUCAAACAUAGUCAUAGUCAAGCAUACGUCACUAGUGUGGUUUUAUUCUUCAGUGGGUCUUCAAAAACAGCAGAGGGCUCCUGUGAGAUAGAUGAUCUUUGAUGCGAGUUUUUAUGUUUUUGCGCAGUAGGCUCUCAAAAAACAGCAGAAGGCUCCUGUGAUGUAGAGCUGGGGUCCCCAACCAGACCCGGUACUGGUCCGUGGGCGGGGCCGAACCGGGUCACAGGAAACUGAUAAAUGAUCAUUAAAAAAAUACGCUUGCAAAUAACUGCAUUUAAGUGGAUAUCAAUUUUGGAAAUAUUGGCCAUUAUUACAUUCAAAAGAUAAUGUACAGUUGCAAAGUUUUUGCAUGUAUAUGUUUGUUGCAAGCGGCAACCCUUCCCACUUGAACGCACCAUCUAACUUUCUCCCACGCUGCACAGACAGACUACUAUACUGUAUUUUUCCUGCUUGGUGCCAAGUGCUGAUAGUAUGUGGGAAUGCAUAAUGGUAAGAUUUUAUAUCGUUACUGAGUGCAUAUUUGUUGGUGUACAACCUCAAGUUAAUUUAUGCUAGCACACUACCGGUACCUGUUACCACACACAUCAAACAGCAACAUAUAAUCUUCUCUCUGGAAAACCACCUCCAGGCUUGUACUGGUGGAUGGUGGGUCUGUAUUCAUUUUGUGCUUUUAAUUUGAUGUUGUUCCUGUCUUAGUUUUACACAACACAUAAUAAAUGAGUUCAAUUAGAUCGCUGUAGGGCCGCACGGUGACAGAGUGGUUAGCAUGUUGGCUACACAGUUCCAAUAUCCAGAGUUCCAAUAUCCACUUUGGCAUCUCUGUGUGGAGUUUGCAUGUUCUCUCCGUGCGUGUGUGGGUUUUCUCCGGGUACUCCAGUUUCCUCCCACAUUCCAAAAAAACAUGCAUGUUAUGUGAAUUGGAAACUCUAAAUUGUCCAUAGGUAUGAAUGUGAGUGUGAAUGGUUGUUUGUCUAUAUGUGCCCUGUGAUUGGCUGGCGACCAGUCCAGGGUGUAUCCCGCCUCUCGCCUGAAGUCAGCUGGGAUAGGCUCCAGCAUACCCCCGCAACCCUGAUAGGAUAAGCGGCAUAGAAAAUGGAUGGAUGGAUGGAUAGAUCUCUGUGACAUAAGACACCGCCCCACCCGCGGUCUGCCAGAGAUUUGUGGGAACACGAGCCAGUCCGUGGGUCCACAAAGUUGGAGACCACUGAUGUAAAGGAUCUACAGUAUGUUUUUUUUUCUGCAGUAGGUCCUUUAAAAACAGCAGAGGGCUCCAGUGAAAUAGAGCAGUGAUUCUCAACUGGUGUUUUGCGCAUGCGUUGCCUGACGUGUGACUGCCGAAAAGCAGGUUGACAAGCUGCCGUGUUUCCGGUACGGAUGGAGUAGUGACAGCGGUGAUGACAGUCCCCAUUUUGUCUGCGCAUACGUUCCUCUUUCAACGAGAGCGUAUUUUUCUCGAGUAAGGUUACUGAUGAGUAAGGGAUGACUUUCCAAGCGUUUCAGGCGGCCGCUUGCGGGUUAGUGUUUGGGAGGAAAUGGCGCCAUGAAUGAGCAGUUGUUCUUUCUCCACACGAUGACAGCAAUUGUGUUGAGAUUCUGUGUUUAACAGUAUUUUAACAUACGUAUACCUACUGUACGUACUAACCUACGUAUAGCACUCGCUUGGAAUCUUACAUCUCUUUGUUUUCGCCAUUUCUGGUUAACGUGAGCAAUUUUUAUUCUGUGAUCUUUUUUUUGUGGAGACACUGCCUUGUUCAAGACCAAACCGCCACCUAGUGUUUAAACUAAGAAUACAAAACAGUUAAGUACAGUAAUUUACGGACUUGAGUGCACUGGAAUAUAAGCUGCACCCACAAAAUUGAAAAAGAAAAAUGCGUAUGUGCAUGGGAGUUUUUGUACACACUUUUAGUACACCAUCACCCUCCAAUGACAAGCGGCGACGCAAAUUACAGUAAUUUUUGAACGUGAACUUCUCAAAUAUCUGAUUUAUUUCAUUAAUCACAUUUAUGUAUUUCAAUUUUAAAUGUGAAAGUGUUGGCAACGGUUACGUGGCUGCCUGGAGGGCACCAACUUUUGAACGUGUUGCAAGCAUUAUGUCCCGCCCUCUUCCUGCUCCGAGCAGGUAAGCUGCACCCCAGGUAACGCACACAUGCCCGGGAGCCUUUGCUAAGCGCUGGUGGUGUCACUUUAAGCCGGUUGCAAACAGUACCUUUAAUGAAAAGACAUUCAAGUGCAGUUUGAGUUUGAGGCAGUGCGAAAUAACACGCUGUGCCAGCGCAGAACUAGUUUUGUGUUUGUAAAGGUUUUCAGUACAUGUGACAUCUAGGGAGAUGAAUCAGAGCAUUUGCACACGGACUUGGAUGAGAAGUGAAACAAGAAGUUAAAAAUCAAGCAGGUCUAGUUGCUCUGAUUCAACACUCAACCCCUCUGCCUGGACCAAUAGAUCCAAUUGGGGAUUAAACAGUACUGUCUGCCUGUCUACUGACUACCUAGUAGUCUUCAUCGUGGGCGGAAUUUCAACAUGUUGCAACACAAUGUGAGCUUUCGCUUUGUGCCGCGCUCUUCUCCAGUAGAGAUGUCGCUACCUAGCUGUGUGUUGGAUGGACGGCGCCUUAAGUCCACACUCAAUGUUCUUCCCCUCCUGCUCAAGCUUGACCAAGUUGCCCAUAAACAUGGCACGCACCUUGGGAUGGCACAGCAAGGGUCAUUACACAAUUUCUGGGGGGCAAAGACCCCGCGAACCGCUGAAAACGGCUGUUUUGGGUCACAACCCACCAGUUGAGAAUCCCUCGACUAAAGAAACAAACAGCCUGCAUGUCAGCUUUGGUUCUUGGUGACAAAAAGUAUUAGUGUGAAUUGCACUCUUUAGUUCAUAAUUUUAUUUGUUAUUCAGUGUGACCCAUAUUUUGUUCCAUUGUUAGACUAUGCUAGGGGUGUGUUAAAAAAAAAAAAGUUGUUUGCCACAAAUGCUCCCAAGUCUGGACUGUGGACACCCCCGUACUGGGCAAAAUACAAACAAAAUAUGUCCGUUUUGUAUUAUUAACUAGAAUACUAUUUUUAAACAGGGUUCAUGUGUCACACACAUGAAAGUACAUAAAAAUAGUGUCACAAGGAGAUGAAAACAAGCAAGUUUUACAAUAUUAACAAUGGGGCAGUCAAAAAUAACACCUUAAAGGCGGCAACUGAAUUAUUUAAUUAAUUACGUAGGUAACACUUUACAAUUAGGCACACAAAAUUACAGUAGUUAAUGAGGAACGAACCCGCCUAUCCCUAGCCACUACUCAUUAGUUACUCAUGAGGUCUUCAUUAGUUCCUCAGUAACUAUCCUAAAUUUAUGUGCCUGAGUUCCUCAGUAACUGCUGUACUCAUUAGUUCCAUAUUAGUUCUACAUUAGUAGUAUUUUUGUGUACCUUAUUGCAAAGUGUGACCAUUACCUGAAAAAAAAAACAACAAUUUCCAACACCAUAAAUGUACACAUCUCUCCGUCCUCAGAACGCUUCCUCAUUCUGACCACACUACUGCGAGGUACAUUCACAGGCACUCUGAACUCCAAAUAUCACAACAUACAAAUAUGUCAUGUCAUUUAUCUUUCUGUUAGUAAGAUACAGUAAUAAUUUCAGACGUAGAUGUGAUUAAACAUGAAUAAUUAAUUUGAUAACUGUAAUUAAUCUGAUUAAACACUCUAAUCAUUUGACAGCCCUGAUGAAGAAUAAUAGAAAAUAUCAUAAUAAUAAUGGAUUCAACUUGAUAUAACGCUUUUCAAGGUGGUUCACAAUGAAGUGAACCCAUUAUUCAUGCACUCCUCAGUCACACACUGGUGGUGGUCAUCUACAUUUGUAUCCACAGCUGCCCUGGGGUAGUCCGACGGCAACAUGGCUGCCAAUUCACGCCUACGGCCUCUCCGACCGCCUACCGAUACUGUAGACGACCAAGCCUACACGCAUGUGCAACGUACAGAAUUGUGUGCAAAGAAUAUACUGUAUUGCUGGAAAUAGUGCACGUAUGCGCCAUAGAUUCAUUAUGUACUGUAGCUGUCAAGUUAAGUUAAUACAGACUGUAAAGAAAUAAAUGUGGGUCAUCCUGCUGACCGGCCGCCACAUUGCAUACAUUCAUGUGCAUUAAUGAGAAAGAACACAAGAUGAAGAGUUUUUAUUUAUUGAUUGAAAUGAAUAAAGUAGUUUAUAGGCUGUACUGCUACAACUGUCUGAAUAAGUAAGUCACAAACAUUUCUAUUAUUCAUUCAGGAUUCAUCAAUGUCUUUCGGACUUUAAAAAAGAUCUUUGACUGUUCCCCUCUUCCUGUUUCCCACCUUGUGUGCGUCGUUGCCCCCUAGCGACCAUGGCUGUAGACUGUUACCACUGGUGCCGUUGCUACAGUAACAAUCUAAUGCCACGGUCACCAUGGAGACAGAGGAGAGGGAGAGAGAGCACGUGAUUGGUCGCUCCCACGACUGACGUGUGUGUGUGUGUGUGGUGUCGAUGGCGCCCCAUUGUAGGAAAACUUCACACGAGUCAUCCCACUGAGCUCUCGCCAGGCAUCAGUAGCCAUGACUGUAGACUGUUACUGUACUGGGGGGAGCUUUUAGCAGUAAGCAGUCUAGAGCCAAGGUGUUGAUGCGCUGACCACAAGGAAGGACAGAUGAGUUGCACUGCAGAGAGUUAGACAACACACUGGUGAGAACUUGCACUUAAAAGUCCUUUUGUUAGAAACACCACACAGUAUUGUAUAGCGCAGCCCACUUUAUUUUUUUUGUCAUAUUGACUUCCAUGCCAAUAAUCCAUGAGUCACACACAGGAUAUGGACUUCCGGGCGUGGCUUUGGCGGCUUAUGCAAGCUCAUCUCUGGCAACUGACGUCAACACUCUUCGUCUGAUGCUUUAUGUCUACAGGCCCUUUGCGAGCACAUUGGCCUCUGCUUCUUUAGGAAGGGUACAGACGAUAGUUUCCCAGUCACUUCUCAGCCAAUGUAAGAGGAGAGUGUGUUAGUCACUGUCCAUGGUGCUGAAAGUCAACACAGCUGGUUUUUUGUUUUUUUUAAGAAUCAAAGGACAUGUCAGCUCAUAGCAUGAUGUUAUCCAAGCAUGUUCACAUCCAUAAAACUCAUGAAUGUCUCUUCCUCCACCAUCAGUGGUGGAAGCACCAAAGUAAGACUGAGGAUGUUACGGGUGAAUUCUUUAUCACGCGCCUUGCUGUUUGGGAUUAAUGGGACCAAAUCCUCAUCACAUAUUUAUCUUACUGCAGGGGUACAGACAAUAUGAUACAUUUGGGGCCUUCCCGACAUCCACAAAAAAAGCUGAUUUUCUGACGCAUAUUUGUUGUUGUUGUUUUUCUGCUCACCCUCGACUCUGUUCACUUUCACUUUCACUUUCUCCGUGUGCAAACUAAAAAUCAAUUUGCCUUCAGGCAGGUAUGACAGAUAAUUUUAUUUUGCUUUGUUUUUUCAAGCUGCUACACCUCACGUCUGCUUCUGCCUCUCUCUCUGAUUGACUUUUGAUUCACUUCUUCUUUGGCUCUUCUUUCAAAUAAUUCUAUGUUUGGCUGGUUAGAUGGAUGGGUAGAUAAACUAAUUGCUGGACGGAUGCGUUGAUUGCUUGAUGAUAGUGGGUAAAUCAAUGGAUGGGUUUUGACAGUAUGGGUGGAUUACCACAGAUAAACAGAUGGAUGAUGUAUUUGGUAAGUCGAUUUGACAAAUGGAGGGCUAGAUGGAUAAAUACGGGACAAACAUGGACGGCUGUUUACAAGCACAUGGUCAUCCAGCACCAUGGACUUGCCUGUUGUCCAAUAGCGUCCUCUCGUUCAUAGUGGUGCUGAUGUGGGAGGGUCUACCCCCCAUGCUCAUUGUCAUUCUGGUCAGUGCACACUUCAGGAGUUACCUUGGGGAGUUUUCAUCACCUCCUUCCUCCCCCUCCUCCUCUUCUCCUCUCCCCUCCUCCUGCAUUGGAUUGCAUAUCGUGCAGACGUCAGCGGCGUUCACUGUCUCUUUAAAUGCUGCUGCUGUUGCCUCAUUGGUAGGCGUGUGCAUGUGCGCAGGAAUGACGCAAACUUGACUUCAUCUCAAACGCGUCACGAUGUCACCUUUUUUUUUUUUCUUUUUCCCCCUCAAGCUGGAAAAAAAAGAAAGUGGGGAAAGAGAGGGAGAGUGCGCGAAUAACGCGAAUAUGAAGGUCGGACAUAUGUCAAUAAGAAGUUGUGCCGCUUGCGUUUUGUGUGGGGAAGCAAUCAGGAGUAAGUUAAG